AUGGUGGAAUGGGCUGAGUUGUUUGAGGAGGUGUUGGUACGUAAUCUGUUUACUCUAAAUUCUUACCAUAGCGCCAUUAUUAUUGAUACGGAGUCGAGGCAUGUGCGAGCGGCAAGGCGGGCGUUCAAAUUUGAGUCGCCGUGGCUUUUAAAGGACGGCUGUGCGCAGGUUGUGGAUGAAGCAUGGCGCCAAUCUCUGGGUCUGACGUUUCAACAACGCAUUGAGCUUUGCGGUCAACGGUUAGGGACAUGGGGCGGCGAGCACUUCCAGAGGUUUGGGAACCGUAUCAGGUUCUUGCGGAAUAGGCUCGAUCGAUUAAAGGAGGACCGCACUUCUGCGGCAGUGGACGAAUUUCGGACUGUUGAAGGGGAGUUAGAGAUCUUAAUUCGUCAAGAAGAGAUCUUCUGGAAGCAACGUUCAAAACAGCUGUGGCUGCAGCAUGGAGACAUGAACACGAAAUAUUUUCACAGGGUUGCGUCCGGUCGCCGUCGGCGUAACCUUCUGCUAAGAAUGAAAGACCAGUCCGGGACAUGGAGGGAGGGUACAGCGAUGCACUCAGAAAUAUUGAGGUACUUUGAUUAUAUUUUUUGUUCCAAUUCAAGUAAUCCAAAUCCCAUGAAUUGUGUUCGGCAUCGGGUAUCGAACGAGAUGAAUGUCUCUUUGAUGCGCCCGUUCACGAUCAUUGAGGUUAAAGCUGCGUUAUUUUCCAUGGCGCCGAAAAAAGCGCCUGGGCCUGAUGGCAUGUCGCCGGCUUUUUACCAACACUUUUGGCCGGUGCUUGGGCACGACAUGGCAGUCUUUAUUCUGCAGUGUGUGGCCUCUCAAAGAUUGCCCGAGGGGCUGAAUGAGUCAAAUAUUGUUCUUCUACCAAAGAAGAAGGUCCCGGAAAGGGUGACAGACUUGCGUCCAAUAGCAUUGUGUAACGUGGUCUAUAAAGUGUUAGCCAAAAUGUUGGCGAACAGACUUAAAAUAUGUUUAGAGCAGGUUGUGUCGGAGUCGCACAGUGCCUUUGUCCCGGAAAGGCUCUUGACGGAUAAUGUAAUAGUGGUCGGGGAAGUUGGUCAUUAUUUGCGGAGGAAAACAAAAGGAGUUGUGGGGUGGACUGCGCUAAAGCUCGAUAUGGCUAAGGCGUACGAUAGGAUGGAGUGGUGUUUUUUAGAAGGGAUGUUAGGGGCAUUGGGGUUUGAAAGGCGCUGGGUAGAGUUGUUGAUGAUGUGUGUUACUACUAUAAAUUACACAAUACAGGUCAACGGGGAGGCGGUUGGUACUGUUCGCCCUUCUAGGGGGAUCAGACAAGGGGACCCACUGUCCCCUUAUCUAUUUAUAAUAUGUGCCGAGGGGUUAUCUGUUUUGCUACAGCAGGCGGAGGCGAGGGGUGAUAUUCACGGGGUGCGUGUGGCACGGGGUGCCCCGACCGUUACUCACCUAUUUUUUGCUGACGAUAGCUUGUUAUUCUUCAGGGCAAACCAACAGGAAACUUUGAAGGUUAAGGAAUGUCUGGAUCUGUACUGUGCCGCUUCGGGGCAGCUCAUAAACUUCGAUAAAUCAAAUGCUGUUUUCAGUGUGAACACGACACCCGCGAUGAGGAGUUUGAUAGCUAACAGUCUCGGGGUUAAUGAAGCAACAGAUUUAGGACGAUAUCUGGGCCUUCCGUCCGCAUUGGGCAGGAACAAAACGGCUGCUUUCCGGUAUGUAGAAGAAAAGGUUCGGGAACGCAUUGGAUCUUGGCAAAAUAAACUCCUCUCGAGGGUCGGGAAGGAAGUUUUGCUUAAAAGCAUUGCUCAAGCCAUGCCUAUAUUUACCAUGUCAAUGUUCUUGCUGCCGUUACGUGUUUGUGAUACCAUUGAAAAAUUAUUUAACAGGUUCUGGUGGGGUGGUGGUGGUACGGGUACGAGAGGAAUUCAUUGGCUGAGAUGGAGCAAGUUGUGCGAGACAAAGUCGAGGGGUGGUUUGGGGUUCAAACGUCUGCACGAGUUCAAUUUGGCGCUACUAGCAAAGCAAGGGUGGCGUAUUUUAACAAAUCCCGAAUCUCUGGGGCAAAAGGUUUUGAAACUAGGACUUGCCAGGCGCAUCAGUGAUGGUCUUGACACCCGAAUUUGGGAUUGGCCUUGGCUCUCGGAUGGCACCAAACCAGACUUAGUCACGCCUCGUACAGAUGCGCUGCAGGUUGCUACGAUAAGUGGGUUAUUUACCAGUCACGGAACGUGGGAUACGGCCAUCUUACAUGACUUUUUCCAGGAGGAGGAUGUUCGCUGGAUCCUUGCUACACCUAUGAGUCCGCAAUGUAAAGACUCUUGGCGGUGGUUGGGAGAUAUACGGGGUAACUACACUGUGAGACAUGGGUAUCGGCUUCUUAUGAACAGCAGCGAGGAGAAUAAUUAUGCAGGGGAGUUUCACGCUUGGAACUCUCUAUGGUCAUUACCAAUUUCCCCAAAGGCGAAGAAUCUUUUAUGGCAUUGUGCUCGGGGGGUGUUGCCUGUACGUGAGAACCUCAAGCUGAAGCAUGUCUGGAUUAGAGGGGGAUGUCCGUUAUGUGGUCACAAUUGGGAAUCUAUGGAACAUCUUUUUUGUGAAUGUCCGUAUGCAACAGCGUUAUGGGAACAAGAGGACGUGUUGAAUGGUCGGUGCAUGCAGCUGUUUAUGGAUCAGUGGCUCACUAAUUCGACUGUGGAGCAAUCAACGAGGUUGGCGGCAAUCAUAUGGGUGGUCUGGUCUACAAGAAAUGACAUCGUGUGGCGUAACAUCCAGCCGUUUGUGGCAGCCAUGCGUAUGCAAGUGUCGAGUGUACGAGCUUGCUGGGAAGAGUCGAACCGGAGGGGCAUACGAGAUGUGGAUCGUGCCGGGCAUGCAUCAACGUGGGAACCGCCACCAAUCUCGUCCGUCAAAUGCAAUGUGGACGCAGCCACGUUCUCGGAUGGAGCCGGGUACGGAGCGGUUAUCCGAGAUCAUAAUGGACGAUUUAUAGCGGCAAAAAAUGGGCGCAUCAUGAGCAACCGUGAACCUUUGAUGGUGGAGGCGAUUGCAGCGAGGGAGGCUUUGAAAUGGCUCAAGGACUUACAAUAUAGUAAUAUCAUUAUCGAGUCAGACUGUUUAAAUUUUUGUACCGCUUUUAAUUCCCGUAGUCGUGAUUUUUCUUAUUUGGAUGUAAUUGUUAAGCAAUGCGUGUCUAUUGCUAAUGGCAUUGGAAACGUUAGCGUUUGCCAUGUCAGGAGAACAGCGAAUCGUGUGGCUCACGAACUAGCACGGGCAACCGGUUCCUCGUCUGUCUCUGGUACGUGGGAAUUUAUCCCACCGGCUUGUAUCUCUGGGUUGUUAAGUUAUUAA